AUGGGCAGACUCGACGGCAAGGUCGCCAUCAUCACCGGCGGAGGCCAAGGCUUCGGCAAAGGCAUCGUCGAGAAAUUCCUCGCCGAGGGCGCCAAAGUGGUCAUCGCCGACUUCGUCGAAGCCGUCGGCGGCAAAACCGCCAAAGACCUCGGCUGCGAGUUCCACCUCACCGACGUCACCAAGGGCGACCAGUGGGAGGCCUGCCUGAAGAAGACCCUCGACGCCUACGGCAAGAUCGACAUCGUCAUCAACAAUGCGGGCACCACGUAUCGGAAUCAGAGUAAUGGUGAUACUACGGAGAAGGAGUAUGACAUGGUCAUGAACGUCAAUGUCAAGAGUAUUUUCUUCAGUGUGCAGAAGAUCGUGCCGCAGAUGCAGAAGCAGGGGAACGGGGGCGUGUUUGUCAACAUUGCGAGCACGGCGGGGAUUCGGCCUAGGCCGGGGCUGAUUUGGUACAACGCCUCCAAAGCCGCCGUCAUCAACGCCACCAAGUGCCUCGCCGUCGAGUACGCCAAGGACAACAUCCGCAUGCUGAGCGUGUGUCCCGUUGUUGGCAUGGGGACUGGACUAACGGACCUCUUCCUCGGCAAGCCCGAGAACGAAAAGGUCUUCAUGUCGACGGUGCCGUUAGGCCGCGGCACCAAGCCGAGCGACGUGGCCAACACGUGCGCGUUUUUGGCCAGUGAUGAGGCGAGUUUCCUCACGGGGAAUGCUGUCGAGGUUGAUGGUGGGCGGUGCGUGUAA